AUGGUCGCGCGCACCAGCGAUACAACGCUCGUUGUACUGGGAAAGAUGGCGAGGUCUCUCGAAAAGCGAAUUCCAGAGCUUGCAGAAUUAGAGAGUCUUCAAACUGGACGCGCUAUUCGCGAAAUGCGGGCCCAGUUGUCCCGACUUCCUGAAUGGCUGGACUAUUAUGCGGCACUGCUUCGUGUACAUUCUGGUUUUGUCGCUCCGACUCAGGGGCCCUUGCUCAACUAUGUCAAUCGAAUACCACUUGGAGUUGUUGUCCAGAUUACGCCUUUCAAUCAUCCUCUCUUGAUCGCCUUGAAAAAGAUAGGCCCAGCUCUCGCAGCGGGAAACUCGGUUAUUGUCAAGCCAUCCGAGCAAGCUCCCCUGACCGUGCUCGAGUUUGCGGAACUGGCCCUCGAGGCAGGCUUGCCACCAUCUGUACUCACCGUGCUCACUGGUGCAGGUCCAGAACUGGGGAGAACCCUCGUAUCACAUCCUUUGGUGAAGAAAGUCGACGUCACAGCUGGUACGAAUACCGGGCGAGCGAUUGGGAGCUUGGCAGGAAGCAACUUGGCGUCCUACACGGCGGAGCUUGGUGGCAAAGCACCCGUGGUCGUGUUUGAAGAUGCGGAUAUAGCUGCUGCGGUCAACGGGGUGGCUUUUGCGGCAUUCAUCGCGUCUGGACAGACAUGUGUCUCGGCUACGCGGUUACUUGUUCAUGAAUCCAUUUACGAUGAGUUCAUGGCUCGCCUUGUCGAAAAAGUGGACAAGAUUACCAAGGGCAUGGGCGAUCCUCUAAAUCCUCAGUCCACAAUGGGCACCGUCAUCUCGCCGGCGAGCCUUGAGAGAGUUGCGGCCGCGGUACGCAAAAGCAACCGCAAGAUUCUGAUUGGCGGGGAAAAGAUGAAUGGGGUUUCAUCUCUCGACGGAUUCGACUUUUCGAUGGGAAGCUUCUUUGCGCCGACCAUAGUGGAGGAUGUCGGGGUGGAGGAUGAACUAUGGAAAGAAGAAGUCUUUGGACCGGUUUUGGCCGUUGCGAAAUUCGAGAACGAAAGGCAUGCAGUAUCGCUGGCGAAUGAUUGCAAAUAUGGGCUUGGUGCGGGGCUGUGGACGCAAGACUUGUCGAGAGCGCACCGCAUCGCUAACGAGCUAGAGUCUGGUCUGGUUUGGGUCAAUACCCAUCACAGAAAUGACCCGAGCUCGCCAUGGGGUGGGAUGAAAGAAAGUGGGAUAGGCAGGGAGAAUGGGAUCGAGGCGUUUGAAAGCUACUCACAAUCCAAGUCGAUUAUCAUCAACGUGGCUCAGAUGGACCACGCUCGGAAUACAGACGACUGGUUCAACGCAGUCGAUGGCAAUCGGCGUUACGGGUAA